AUGAAUUAAGAACAUAUUGAAAGGGUCUCAAUCAAUAUUUUAUGUGAUAUUUCUAAAGAGCUAAUCAAAAAGUAUUAUACUUUUUAUUAAUAUUUAGAGUGAUAUUCACAAAUAUUAUAAAUCAAUGUUCAUAAUUGUUUGAUAUUGAUAAUGGCCUUGUAUUAAAAUAAUCUACUAUUACUCAAUUAAAUUAAGAUAUUCUCCAAGAAAUUAAUUACACUUAUUAAUAAGAUGAUAUAUUGAGUUUAAUAUACCCUAUGUAUUAUUUAAAUUUAUAAAAGGAAACUAGACAAUAACUGUAUAUAAAUGGUUGUAAAUUUAUAAAAUGAUGGAAUCUAUGAAAAAAUUGAUAAAUAAAAAGAAUUAUUUAAAGGAAAUAAGUAUUAUGUUGGAUUACCAUCAGGAUAAAAUAAAUAGUUAAUUUAAAUUGAGAAUGAAGAAAUAAUAAUAAAUUCUUAGUCUUUUAAAAUAAAAGAGAGCAUGGAGAUUGUUUUUGUUAAAAAAAUUUCAAAUAUAGGAGAAAAAAUUUAAUAAGUAUAAAUGGCUAAUCCAAGUAAUUUCUCAUCCAAAAAGCAUGCUCAUAUUAAAGUAUAAAAUGGAAGAAUAUUUUUGAAUGACGGUUUUUAACAAUAAAAUUCAAAAAAUGGAGUUUGGAUUCUAAUAAAACAUUAGAGAUUUUCGAAAAAUAAUUACUAUUGUUUUAAAGAUUUUAGAUUGAAAAUUGGAGUGAAUAGUUGA